GCAGAGCUUAGAGUCUGGAGAUAGACUGCAGAAACUUGUCCAGUUGUAACCAAAUACUGCAAUAAAGAAAGAGCUACCAAGAUAAAGAAGUCAAGCGUCCUCUUUAUUUGAAAACCACAAGACAUUCCUGAGAAGGGAAGAGGUGCUGGGCAGGACACUUGCUGGAGUACGGGAGGAAAAAAAGGGAAGGAAAGGCAGAAAGGAGAGCUGAAGAAGAAGGCUGGAAGAGGGGGAGUGUUUGGAGAAAGAGGCAGCUAGCGAGACCUGGGGAGACCUUCACAUGGAGACGACAGUACGAUGACACUCAGCUUGUGGGAGCUCCAUUAGAGACCAAAACCGUCCCAGGCAGAUGUCCCAGGUGAGCAGCAAUCUCUCAAGCCGUUCUGAUUCGCUCAAUGGAGACCCCGCGGCGGAUCAGACGCCCUUCCUGCCCCCUCACACAGGGUGAUCGAGACGGACGGGAUGAAGGGCAAGUGCGGCACCGAGGAGCGGAAGCUGAUGCUGCCUCCCUGCCAUCUCUUGCAGACCAAGAUGAGCCCUCGCACCCUUCCUCCACGCAGAAUCCAGCGGUAGCAGCUCCUCCGGCCUGCCCCACCCCAGCCCUUCACCCUCAGAGCCUCGCCACGGAUGAGAAGCAGAAACCAUCAGAAGACGAUGAGCCCCCGAAACGCCUGGCGAAUGGAACGGCACCCGCCAAGCCUGAGGCCAAAUCUGAAUUCAAGGUCACUCCCAAAGCUGUGACACGCCAGCCCCAGGUCCGAGCAGCUCAGCAGGGUCUCCAGCCGUCCACCCCCAAGGACUGCACCCCGCUGCUGCAGAACGGUGCUGGGCAUGUCCCGGACCCAGGCGGUGCUAAUGGAGAGGCGGGGAACGGCGUCCUUCACUCGCUACCCAGCUCCCAGAAGCCUCACCGGAAGCUGCAGUCCCACCACUCCAUCAACAGCCAGAGCAGCAAGAAGAGCAAAGGCAGCUCCAAAUCGGCCUCUUCUCAGAUCCCCAUUGAGGCCCAGGAAGAUUGCUGCGUCCACUGCAUCCUCUCCUGCCUCUUCUGCGAGUUCCUGACCCUCUGCAACAUCGUGCUGGACUGUGCCACCUGCGGCUCCUGCACCUCCGAGGACUCCUGCAUCUGCUGCUGCUGCUGCAACUCCGGGGAGUGCGCCGACUGCGACCUGCCCUGCGACAUGGACUGCGGCAUCAUCGACGCCUGCUGCGAGUCCGCGGACUGCCUGGAGAUCUGCAUGGAGUGCUGCGGCUUGUGCUUCUCCUCCUGAGGCAUGGCAGGAAACCAGAGCCAAAGCCCCAUCCCCGGCACGACCGCCACAGGGACUGGAUGGAGGAAAGAGGGAAGGUACAAGGGGGCUGAGAAUGGGAAUCUCCCUUUUCCUGUCUCUGUGUCUCAUUCCUCUUGAAGAUGCCACUUGUCAUGGGCUGGGAGGAUCCUGCAGGUUUCCUGAGCCAAUGCUGGAGAAACCCACGUGGAAAUGGAAGGAAUCCAGAGCCCAAGAGACCAGAGGCUGCUCUGGAGCCAGUAAGCUGAGCCUGGACACUACCCAGGGAUGGGUGAAUCUCUCUCUCCCGCAUUUCGAACCUCGGGGCAUCAAGAGACUUGUUGGAUGCCUGCAGGACACUGGGUGAUGCUCAUUCUCUACCUCCCCUGGUGCUGUCUGACCACCGGGGCUGGGGGCCGCCAAGCCAUCGGCUGAGGGGUUGCACCAGCAGCCCGGGUGCUCCCUGCCGCCUGAGCCAAGUGCAGGAGAACCAUCUUCCCACGCCAUGCAGCCGUCCACUGGGAACCUGAGCUGCCUGGUGAGCCCCAAGCUCACCCAAGCUGCUGUCUGGGGACGUCUGUGAAUGCCACCGGCAGCCUGACUGGCUGCUCCAGGGCCCUGUGAGCUGAUGCCUGCUGCUGCAGCCAGCAAAGGAUAAUGCCCAGGUGUGCUGGUGCCAGGGGCCCUCGUGUGGCUAGUGGACAGCUUGGGCAAGGUCUCAGUGCCCACUCAUGGGUUUGUGAAGUGCUCUCGCUGGCUUUCAGUGGUAUGGCGUGCACGGAUAUCACCUGCUUGGCAGUUAGGUAUCCAGCAGCCCAUGUCCAGGGCACCCAGAAGAGGUGUUUGCACAGGGCUCUGGCAAGCUUCCCUUCUCAUGGUGGGACACAAGAGUCUACAAGGCACUGUGCACUGCCGUGUGAAACAUGAGCACAAGCCCCUUCCCCACUCUGCUCCUGUCCCCUCCGGGAAGGGAGCUGUGGCAUCAGAGACCAGUUCCAGACGUCGGGGAUCUCCGAGUUGCAGAGGACCAGCUGGAGGAGGGAGCAUUAGGGACCAAACUUUUCCUCUCCCCUUUGCUGUUGCAAACAGCUUUCUACCCCUUGCCCCUCUCUCAGUGCUGAGAUCGGCAGCCAAGUGCAAUAAAUAUCGCCAUCUCCUUGCGGCUCCAAUGCCUGCACAGAUACAACCACAUCUCCUCAUGCCGAGCCUUCCCUUAGCUGCCCCCAUGGUGGCUGACAAAGGGUGCCCUACAGGGCUUUCCCAUAGCCAGGCCUGCACAUCCAUGCCCAGGAUCUCCCUGCUGCAAGGUGCCAUUUCUCCUUGCCCCCUGGUUACAGGAAAACUUUGUCCUGAAUCAAAGACACAAGCCAUGGAGCAGCAGCCAUCAGGACACUGGGUGAAGGCUUUGUUGACACAGCCUCUGGAGUGACAGCUGUACAGAAAUGGACACCUGGUUUCCUCUGCCCCUGGAACAGCACCCACCGUGGGCUUCCCCCCAUUGCCCUGCCUGGCCAUUAGCUGGAGGGCAGGACCGAGGGGACGGGGCGUGGAAGGUGGACAUGCGUUUCAUCUGUUUUACUUGUUACUGUAAAUAAAUGUCUU